GCUUACUUUAAUAUCAACAAACAAACAAAAAUACGAGGACACUAUACAAAGUUCAUUGGAAUCGCAUUUUGGAUUUGCAUAGGAAUAAUGCUAACUCUAAAGAAUUGUAGUUUACCAGCUGAACAGCAGUGACAUUAUUAAAAAAGAUGCACUCCAACGCAACCGUCGUCUUCGCUCGACGAGCCAUCGUUGUUCUAAGUAUUUGUGGAUUAUCCUUAACGCUGUUCUAUAACAAUACUCUAAAUCAAGCAAAAAUCAAAGUACUCGCUCGUGCUGGUUAUCCCACAGACAAACCAGGGUAUGUAAAUCUUUCUUGGUACACGCCUGAUGCACGAGUUCAGUAUAUAAACAGUAUAUUUCAAGAAGCUAUUGGUAAGACUAAAGUGAAUUCAAUCCUAACAAACGGUUUCAAAACUGUAUAUCAAGUUGAAGCUUUAUCAAAACUUGCGGAUGCAGAUGACUUUGGAAAUAUAAAAUAUUCACACGGAAAUAAAAGGAAAAGCUCUUGUGAAAACUGUUUCCCACAUAACUUCAAUUAUAUAAUAAAUAAUGCGGAUAUAUGCCAGGAAGUGAAUAAAAACAUCCCGAAGAUGCUUAUUCUCAUAUUUACAGAGCAUGAAAACUAUUUUAAAAGGAAAGCGAUCAGAAAAACAUGGCUAACGUUUUCAGAAGAUAACACAUCAAAUGUAAGAUACGUUUUUUUACUCGGACUAACUUCAGAUACACAUCUAGCAGAUGCCGUUUUAAAAGAAAAUGAACUUUAUCGAGACAUAAUAAAAGAAGACUUUACAGACAGUUACAGAAACCUAACUUUGAAAACAAUAAUGGGGUUAAAAUGGGUGACGCACAAUUGUCCAAAUGUGCAAUAUGUGAUGAAAACUGACGACGAUGUGUAUGUGAAUAUACCAGCUAUUAUGCGCAUGUUGAAAAAAAACAAUAAUCUCAAAAAGAACAACUCCAUCAUUGGGUCGUGUUUUGUAAACGUUAGUCCAAUUCGUGACAAGCAAUCAAAGUGGUACGCAUCAGAAAAUGCAUACCCAGGCGAACUAUAUCCCAGGUUUUGUUCCGGUACAGGGUAUAUUAUGAGUUCAAAGGUUGCCAGCCACUUGUUUGAAAUAUCUCCAAAUAUACCAUUCUUUCAUCUAGAAGAUGUUUUUAUCGGAUUAUGUAUGGAUGCCCUGGGAUAUAAAUCGAUACCAACACGUGGAUUCUACUCUUACGUAAGCGGACGUGUACGUCACGUUUGUAGCAUUAAACAUGACUAUGUUUAUACCGCCCACUCACUGCCCCCUGAAUACAUUGAGGCAAUAUGGAUAUCGAAUUGCCGAACCAACUACCGUCGAGUAAAUGUCAUGAAAGACAAUUACAGAAACAAUUGAUAAGAGAUAACAUUUGUCUUUGUUUAACAAGUGGCGUUUAAAAAAUAUAUAUGUUUUUUCUCUCUGAGCUCUCCCUGAGCAAUUAUGUAUAAUUUAGUGAAAAACAUGUGUAUCAAGGUUUAGGAAAAACGUAAACAUAGCUUCGAAGCACCCUUUGUACAAUUAUAUGAAGUUUGGAUGCCAGGUGACCCCAUUUAUUUAAGGUAAUAUUUGAUAGGAUUUUAUUUGCAAAGGAAGACUGGAUCGACAUAUGAUUCAUGAUUUUUUUUUACCUUGAGAGAUUGGAAAAUAGUUCAUUCUACGUUCGAUUUCAGUUGAAAUGAAGGAAGAAAAUACAAACUGAAAUAACUUAAUUAAUUAAGUUAGUUUGAUCAAUUAAUUCACAUAAUUAUUAGUAAACAGUAUUUAUUUUUUUAUGAUACUAAAGUUUAAUCAGACAUCAACAUAAAUAUCAAAUGGCUCAAAAAAUGAAUAAGAAUAUGUUCAAAACCUUGUAACUUUUAAAACAUGUAAUUUAAGUCUGAGGUACAAAAACUGUGUAGAUGUUCCAUCAGUACCUUGUAACUUUUAAGACAUGUAAUUUCAGUCUGAGGUACAAAAACUGUGUAGAUGUUCCAUCAGUUAUAACAUCUAAAUAUGGGAAAAACUCUUUCCGUUUUGAGGCCAGUCAGGUAUGGAACAGCCACCCAAAGGAAAUUAUGUGCUCCCAAAACUACAUGGAAUUUAGAAGGCUGAUCCGCACCUGGACAGGUCCCUAUUGUAAAUGUUCAAUGUGCAAAUAAUACCUUUAUUAUUUUAAAAAUAAAAUAAAUUGAGAAUUAUAAGAUGUUUCACUGAAUAUCUUUUAUCCUUUAUCUUAACGGAAAAGGAGUUUUGUUUUCAGUGGGAUGGCUUACACUCAUUGGACAAGAUAUGGCAAUCAAAUACCAGAAAAGAUUUCAGCGGACUUUUUUGAAUGAAUAACAACUUAUUAAAUUAAAUAACAUGGGCUAAUAUCUAUUUAUGAUUGUUUCAAAUUUAUACAACAUCUG